UUUACUUCCUAGUAGCCAAGGUUGCAUGGGAUAUACAUUAGAAUGUGCUCAAUGGACAAAGAGACCAUUACACGCUGUAAAAUUUUGAACAAAAAUUUGAAAUGUUGAAAAUAUUCUAACACUUGAAGGGAAAAUUUAUAAAGUGGAAUAAUAAUUUAUUGAAAUAGAAGGGCUACAAAGCGCAGGACAUAAUUAAAAGACUCAGUGUUAAAUGGCCUCUGAUGAGAUGCAUGAUUUUUCCUGCUCUGUGUGUAAGGAUGACAAUCUGUACACGGAGGCCAAGUAUUUCUGUGGAAACUGCUUCAAAUAUUUCUGCGACAAGUGCCUGACAUUGCAUGCAAAAGACCGCAAAGAGCAUAUUGUGUUGGGUCAUAAGGACGUGGACAAGUGGGUGGGGCAGGGAGACGCCCUGUUAACCUGUGACCUUCACCCUUCAAAGGUAUUGGAGCUGCUUUGUGAAGACCACGCUGAGCUGUGUUGUAGUCUCUGCGUAUCACUUAAACACAGACUGUGCCGAAGUAUCAGUUUGAUAGCGGACUUAGCCAAUGGCAUACACAAGAUGGCAGACUUCAAGCAGCUUCCUGCCAAAGUAACCAAGGUAUUGGCAAGCCUUAACAAAGUGGGUGAGGCCAGAAAGAAGAACCAGAACUCGCUGAAGGCUUCGGGGAAGUCCAUCCUGACAAAGAUUAAGGACCUAAGGAAGAAACUGAACCAGCUGCUAGAUGAGAUUGAGAAGAAGACAGUGGAAGCGAUGGCCAGUGUCCUGGCUGACCUGAAUGGGUCAAUACAGAAGGAUAUUGACCAGUGUGACCACCUACAUGACAAGCUAACGGCCUUACUGGACAAAAUACAAGCCCGGGGUGAAGACAGCGAGUCCAGUUCCUACAUUGGCUACAGAAAAUGCCAGGACAAGAUUGCAGAAGUCAACAGCCUGUUCAAACAAAUGUCCACCAGACCAGAGGCGACCAUCACAUUCCAGUCUGACAAACACGCUGAACAACUGCUGUCUGAACUGAAGACACUGGGAUACAUCCAGGGGUAUCCUAGCACUCAGUUUCUAAAUAAACCUACUGGCGUGCCAUCACCUAGAGAGAUCAAAAAGUCCUCUGAAAUAUCUAAAACUUUUAAGGUAGAAGGGACAAAAACGUUCAGUAUUAAAUUGUACACAGAUAAAAAGCCCUGUAGUAUUACCGGUGUUACAGAACUUCCAGGUGGAGAGAUUGUUCUUGUAGACAAUGACAAUUGUGAAGUAAAGGUGCUAAACAACAUGUAUAAAGUCAUAGCCCACUGUGAUCUCCCAAAGUAUCCAUGGGACAUUUGCCAGAUCUCAAAUAAUAAAGUGGCUGUAGCAGUAAGUUUUGAAUAUCUUAGAUACGAAGUCCACUUCCUCACGGUGUCCACAGACACAAUCAAGAUGACCAGUAAGUUCUCAGUAAAACAUUACUGUCGCUCAAUUAGGCACCACCAGGAUCAGCUGUAUGUAAGCUCCGGCAAUGCCAUGUACCUCUACACCACAGCUGGCAGGCUGGUUAAAAAGAUACAUGAAGACACAUCUUGGCAAUACACAGUGCGCAGCUUUGCCUUGAGCACAGAUGGAACUAAGAUCUACAUAGUUGAUCACAUCCGCAAUGCCAUCGUCACUAUUGACAACACGGGCAAUACUCCGGCCACAUUGCAAGACACUGACAUUGAUUGGCCCUGUUAUGCACAGGUGAGUGAGUGUGGACAUGUGUUUGUGUGCUCAUUUGACUCCGACACUGUGUUGCAGAUUGACCCAGAAGGCAACAAGAAGCUUGCCACACUGGUCAGGGAGAAAGAUGGCAUCCAAGGUCCACGUGUAGGCUGGUACAGCACCCGCACUAGUAGGCUUAUUGUGGGUGGAAAUCAGGAUCAUAUUCUUGUGGCAAAACUCCAGUAGUUCGACAAAGGAAAAUAAUGUAGAACUUAACUGGAGAAGUAAACAUGGAAAAUGGUGAAUGAAAACAUUUAAAAACUCAAUAUAUAAAACACAUUUACUCACAUACCACUUUUUCUAUAUGUUAACUGUUCUGUUAAGAUUGCAUAAUUUACCAGUUUAAUCAUGAAACAUUUUAAUGUACAUGUACAUAUAUGCUCAGAAAAAAAUGUUAACUUAUUACAAAAUAAUCGUUACUUAAAUAUGCUUUGUAUAAUAUUUUUGAAAAA